AUGGCUAUCACCAGUGUACUUCCACUCGAUAGAUGUGAAUGGAUAUUAAAGACUAAAAAUCUCUCUCAAGCUUCGCAGAUAUCAAUACCAAUGGCAAAGAACGGCCCUGGGAAGCGAUAUAUGUUAAGCAGAAUUCCAUACUCAACAAAUGGUUGUUGUGGGUAUCAAUUGGAACGGCAACUAAUAACCAGUGGAGAUGUAGAAUUAAAUCCUGGCCCAGAUACUAAUACCUCUGGAAAUGAACAAAGUCGAAGGGUCGUAAAUCACCCAAUAAUGAAUUCUUCAAACAAGAGUCUGAAGAUUGGUGAGUGGAACGUAAAUAACCUUACUGACGUAAAGUUUGAACAGAUAAAACUAUUUUUGACUUCGCACAAUAUCGACGUGAUGUUUCUUAUCGAGACAUUCCUAAAACCCAAUUAAUGUAUCGGGCUUGGUUUACGAAAUUCCUGGUUAUUCAAUGUAUAGAAAAGACAGGGCGGGUAAUAAAAAAGGCGGAGGAAUAUUAGCUUAUGUAAACAGUCAGUUAAAAGCGAACAGGCUUUAUGAUUUAGAAGAUGAAAAUGUUGAAAUCAUGUGGUUAAGUAUUUGUCCAUAUUCAUCUAACAGAGCUUUACUAGCUGGCGCCGUAUACCGUCCUCCCUCGUCUAAUGCAGAUACUGAUAUAAAGCUUGAAAAUAACAUUGAAAAUGCCUAUUUGAAAAAUUAUGAAAUGCAUAUUCUUGGUGAUUUCAAUAUUAACUAUCUCGAUUUAUCUUAUAAGAAGCAUCACCUUGCAAAAGCUAUGCAUAGUAUGAAGCUCAGUCAAAUGGUAAAUUCUGUCACAAGACCAGCAAGUGCAACAUGUCUUGAUCAUUACUAUACAACUCAUCCUGAGUUCACUGUUGGCAUUUCAGUUUUGGAUAUCGGCCUUUCAGAUCAUCUGCCGUUAAUUAUUCAGCGUAAAUAUUCGAAAGCAAAGAGAUCUAGUAAACAACUGCAUAAUACCAUCAAAUACCGCAACUUUAAAAACUUAAAUGCUGAUGAGUUUGUUAAAUCACUCGAGUGUACCGCGUGGGACUCGGCUUUUGUGUUUGACGACAUUAACGAUAUUGCUGAUUCCAUAGAAAAAAUGCUUAUUGAAGUUGUUGAUAUGUAUAUGCCAUUGAAUCACAAGCGUGUCAAAAAGCAAAAUCAACCAGCAUGGAUGAGCGAUGAAAUCAUGAAUUCAAUUCGAAAUAGAGACAAUUUACUGAAAAAAGCUCGUAAGUCAAACAUCCCGGCCGACUGGGCUUUGUAUAAACAUGCCAGAUGCAAAACUACAAAUAUGAUUAAAUUCUCUAAACGACAAUUUAUUCAAGAAUCAAUAGAAAAUAAUCAAGGAAAUCCUAAGGGAAUUUGGAAAGUGCUAAAAUCGUUAAGUGGGAAGAAAAGUAAUCCAAUAACAAUAGAUGAAUUAAAGGUCAAUGAUGCGGUAGUAAAAGAUAAAGCCGAAAUUGCUGAAGCAAUGAAUGACGCUUUUAUUAAUAUUGCCUCUAGAAUCAGUCAAGGCAAUCAAAAUAAUGCCGAAUUUGAUGGGGAAAAAUUAGUCGAUUUUGUAAAGCUAAAGAUUGGUAAGGAUUGUUUUGAAAUACCACCGAUUACGUCAACACAGGUACUGGCUGCAUUGAAUAGCAUGUCAACUAACAAAUCCACUGGCUGUGAUGGCCUAAGUGCUAGAAUACUAAAGUUAGCAGCACCGGUAUUGACUCAACCUUUUUGCCGCCUUAUGAAUUACUCCAUAUCAUCGGGUACUUUUCCUAUCAAAUGGAAAACCGCGAAAGUAACACCCCUACAUAAAAGUGGAUCUCGUGAUGAUGCAGAUAAUUACCGUCCGAUUUCGAUACUUCCUGUUAUCUCUAAAGUGCUUGAAAAACAUGUGGCCACAUCGUUCUACAAGUAUGUACCUCCAAGAUCAUAACCUUCUCUAUAAAUUCCAGUCAGGUUUUCGUGCUAACCACUCGACAGAGACAGCAUUAAUAAACCUUGUCGAUGAACUCCUUUUUAACAUGGAUGACGAUAAGGUUACAUGUUUGACAUUUAUUGACUUUAAAAAGGCAUUCGACCUUAUAAAUCACAAAACUCUGCUGAAAAAGCUUGCAAUCUCGAAAGUCUCUAAUCUAAUCUAAUCUAAUCUAACCCUGCCUUCUAGCUAAGAUCCUGCCUUCUAGCUAAGAUCCUGCCUUCUAGCUAAGACCCUGCCUUCUAGCUAAGACCCAACCUCAUUCCCAGGCUCUUCCCUCUUGUGGAGGAAAGACCCUGGAUCGGAGCUGGUCACAUGACCCACAGAAAAUUGAUAGCCACUUCACACUUCGAUUGCAAGGAGUGGCCGUUCUGUACAAUUAUCUUUGAGAAUCAUAUAUACUUCAAAAUACUUGCUACAUUGGUUUCUGUUUGCUUUUAAAUUAUACAAACAUGCUAAACGGCAGAUUCUUAUGGCAACAGACAAAUCAGGAAAUCAAGCAAUAAAAAGUAUGAUCAUAUGCUUUGAAAUAUUUCCCUUUUAUUCUCUCGGGGUUCGGGUGCAGUUUCAUUUCACGCGUACUGUACGCUUCUGUUCUGCCUCUGGUUCAGAUAUUUAUAAUAUUCUUAUAAUAUGCCAUGAUUGAAUUGUUGUCAUAUGGAAACGGUAUAAAUUUUGUUAAAUAGAGGUCUCAAAAGCGACUGUGUUGGUCGUAGUGCCUUGGUGGUUUUACAGCAAACGUUGCACAUUUGGGCACUAGCCAAAUAGACAUUGAAUGUCCAUUCUAUUGAUUCUAAAACCGUUUAUAGACAUAGUGCUCUAGAAUUAGGUUGCCAACAUACUAUUAGACUUGCUCCAAGUCUCUCUUUCAUUGUCAUAUAGUAUCGAUCCACUAUAGUGUACAUUACAUGACGUAUCACGGAGGGGCGAAGCGAGAUCGGAAAAUCUCGGUUCAAAACUGAACCGAAAAUGCAAGACUUGCUUUAAUUGUUUUCUCUCAGUGUUUAUAUGUAUCGAUCUAGCACAGUGUAAAUAACAUGAGUUCCAUUAUAGUAAAUACAGAAAGAAAUUGAAGGAAAACAAUUAAAGCAAGUCUUGCAUUUUCGGUUCAGUUUUGAACCGAGAUUUUCCGAAGUUGACAAGUCUCUCUUUCUCGCUCCGCCUCUCCGUGCUACGUCAUGUAAUGUACACUAUAGUGGAUCGAUAUGACAAUGAAAGAGAGACUUGGAGCAAGUCUAACACCCUAUGUGACCGCAAAUUGUUGCUGGAAAUACUUGAUGGCUUUAGAUUUCAUGUAAUGUAAUGUAGUGUAUGGCACCAUUUAUAGCCUACUGUACUACUGCUUUCAUGGUUGAAAAAGUAUUAUUGAUAGCUUUGUUGCACAGUUAGUCAUCUACUGUGGCUGCCCCCCCCCCCCCUCCCUUAGUGUGCACCAUUGUCUUUUAUUCAACAUGUCUCUCAACAGCCUUGAGGUUUGUGAUAGCUCUAUCAGGCUUGUGAGUUAUGUCAGGCUUGUGAUAGUUAUGUCAGGCUUGUGAUAUUUAGAUAUGUCAGGCUUGUGAUAUUUAGAUAUGUCAGGCUUAUGAUAGUUACAUGUAUAUGUCAGACUUGUGAUAGUUAUGUCAGGCUUGUGAUAUUUAGAUAUGUCAGGCUUGUGAUACUUAGAUAUGUCAGGCUUGUGAUAGUUACAUGUAUGUCAGGCUUGUGAUAGUUAUGUCAGGCUUGUGAUAUUUAGAUAUGUCAGGCUUGUGAUACUUGGAUAUGUCAGGCUUGUGAUAUUUAGAUAUGUCAGGCUUGUGAUACUUAGAUAUGUCAGGCUUUGAUAGUUACAUGUAUGUCAGACUUGUGAUAGUUACCUCAGGCUUGUGAUAGUUAUGUCAGGCUUGUGAUAUUUAGAUAUGUUAGGCUUGUGAUACUUAGAUAUGUCAGGCUUGUGAUAGUUAUUUCAGGCUUGUGAUACUUAGAUGUGUCAGGCUUGUGAUACUUAGAUAUGUUAGGCUUGUGAUAGUUAUGUGAUAAUUGUGUUAGGCUUGUGAUACACAAACUUGUGAUACAUAGUUGUACUCCCUUGCUGGUAAUGCAUGCAUUAAUGGUGCGGAAUUAAUACGAAAAACUGUUAUACAUACUGUUGCUACCGUGCCAGUAUAUUACUGUAUUUUCCUACAUGUAUUUGCAGGGCUUUUAAAAAUACGCCGGCGGCCGCCGAAGCUCCGUGGGUGUCGCGAGAUUUACCGCCAGUUGCUUUGUUUAUAGUACUUGAAAUAUCAAUUCUGCUCUCCUUUCUCCACUCUUAGCUUUCAAACAAAGUUAUUUGUUCCCCAAGCUGGUCUACUUUGUUAUUUUCGAAAACGACGUACUAUUUCAUAAAAAUGAUUUAGGUAUUUGCCAUCUUAAAUCUUGAAGUUUUCUUGUUGUAGAAUAAAAGUAGUGAUACUGUACAUUAUAAUUUGGUUACAGAACUUAGUCGUGUUGGUAUCUAAUCAUCAUACGCUAUAGUUAUUAGUUAGUUUGCAUGACUUUAAGACUCCAUAGACCGUCCCACUCUCCACAGCCGCUUACUUUAUCAACUCUGAAAUUCCAGGCUGUGAUCGAACCUAUUGUAUAACCUCGCAUCCUCUAAUUUCUUUUGUUUCAGUACAUUUGCUGACAAAUUCCUGAAAACUCUGAGUGAUGAGUUAUUGAAUCAAUAUGACACUCUUAUCAAUGAACCGUCCAAUGACUGGGAUAUUUAUUACUGGAUGACUGGAGUUAAGGAAACACCUCAGAAAUAUGACAAUAAGGUGAUGGACAUGUUGAAAAAACAUGCGCAAAAUGAGGAGAUGGAGGUUAGAAUUCGACAGCCUGAUCUGAAGUUUUAGUUUCCUGGUUCUGAUAAAAAAAUCUGUUGUCUGGACGCAAAUUAACCACAGGUUUUGUUUCGUACUGUAACUUGUACACAAUUUGUUAUGAAUGUGUUAGUUGGACCUUUCAAAAUGCUUGAAAAAAACAUGACUUUGGUAACUAUAUAAUGCGGCUGCAUUAUUACCACCGAUUUCCUACUAAUAGAACGUUUAAUCAAUAUACCCCGGUUCCGGUUGACGGCUACACGUGAUAUACACGUAUCCGUACCCGUAAAUGAAGUCCACCAUUGAUCAGGGAAAAAUUGACGAGCAUACGUGAGUGAUUCAGGUAAAAUGUUGAAGUAUUUUUACUUCAACGGCCCACAAAUAGUAAACAGAACACACCCGUACCCAUUUGUCUUUUACGUCUCGUGAAACUUUCGGGUAGAAAUUACGAGUAAACAUGCUGACAUCAGUAAACAUUGGUAAACAAAAUGGCGACACUUGUACCCGUAAACCGGAACGGGAGUAUCUUAACUUGUCUAAUGUCUAAUUCUUUCCCCACCACGCAAAUUGGCUUCCUACUGUAAAUUUCCAGCCUAGCAAAUAGACCUUUUCCCUUAUGAGUGAAAUUUUGAUCUAGAUACGCCUGGACAAAAAUUUCAUCACAGCUUGAAAGAGCAUCACAAAAUUAGUAAUAUUCCGAAGUUUCGUUGCGAAAUGUUGUAAAAUGCGGAUAAUAUAGCCUUGCGAAGUUUGCCGUUUUUCAGUCAUUUUGUAUUACAAACGGGAAAUUGAUAAUCAGUUGAUCAAACUGAUUAUCAAUUUCCCAUUUGUAAUACAAAAUGACUGAAAAACGGCAAAAUUCGCAAGGCUAUAUUAUCCGCAUUUUACAACAUUUCGCAACGAAACUUCGGAAUAUUACUAAUUUUGUGAUGCUCUUUCAAACUGUGAUUGUCCACACUUGUCUAGAUCAAAAUUUCACUAAAAAGGGGAAAGAUCUAUUGGGCCAGACCUGCUAGCCGCGUGCAUAUUGAAACUGCCCCCUAAACAGUUUUCAUCAGUGAGCAGAAACAAAAUGUCAUUGUAUUAAAAAAACAUACGUUAUUUUGUAUUAUUUUGUUGCAAUCGAGGGUUCAAACCACCUAUAGGAUGGCUAAUUAGGUUUGAGUUUACGGUAUUGUAUAACUCUAAGGUUUGAGUUAAAUAUUAAUGCGCGGGUUGGCUAAUAUAGUCUAUGGCACAAUAAGGUCACUGCUAUUGCGGCGGCCGAACACGCAAAUAGGAAGCAUUAUACCUCGGUGAAUAUUGUAUUAUAUGAAACUCAGUCGUCGUGUAAUAUACCACUUUGUAGUUUAAAAAGUAAAUUUAACUGUGUUAUAUAUAAAUUGGCUGCAAAUUCGACACUAUACUGCACUGUAUCUUUUCUUUCUUAUCAAUUUUGGACUGACUCUAAAUUAGUAAUGUUUUCUUGUUAUGAAUAUUAAUUAAUGCGUUGUUGAAUGCUAAGCAUAAAUUUAAACUACUACAGUACUUUGAUUACUUCCAGUAGUCGACGGGCCGAUGUUCCAGGUAAUUUCUAAUACAAAAAGGUUUAAAAUGUAAAAUUGGAUGAAAAUUUGUGAAUAACAGGCCACAUGCUACAAUGAAUUUAUAGUCGAUGCUAAAAUCCGUUACUUUUCAAAUAUUUUUUACUUGCGAUUGUAAUUGAACAUUUAAAUAAUAUUAUUUCCCAACAUUA